AUGAAGUGGCAGCAGCACCCGAACUUUGAGUUGUCCGUCGACGACACGAUAUGCACAUCGAAGGUGGAAAUGGCCCCAGGUACCUUUGACUUGAGCAAGGUCUUAAUCCUCGGGGAUGUGGCGUUCCAUGAAUGUCGAGAAGAAGAAGUAGCCAUCACGCUUGUGUCUAGGUGCAACGGCAAAGGCCAUCUGCCGAAUUAUUUUCGUGUUGGCAUUGCACCGGCUGGGCACACCGGGAGCUGGAACGAAUGCAUCUGGUACGGCGGCAACGGGUUCAUGUAUGUGCAGCAAAAACAACACUUGGUUGGGCUGAAAAAAGCCAUGUAUCUCGGAGAUCAGGUCAUCGUCCAUUGGGAGCCGCAGGCGCGCCAAGUCAAAUUUUCUGUGAACGCUUCUAGCAUUGCCGAACCUUUGCCAGUCGGUCGUGGGAGUUAUUGUCUUGUUGCAGCCGCCUAUAAGGGCACCAUGCUGAAGUUAAGCGGUGGGAGAAAACGAAGUCGCGAUGUAGGCGACACAGAGCACUUUGCGGCCAAGCGAGCCAAGGAGCAAUUGGAAAGUGGCUUGUUUAGCGACGCAGUUGUGCAUUGUGGUGAGCGCAGCUGGUCAGUGCACAGAUCUUUCUUGGCAUCGGCAUCUACAGUCCUCCGUCGCAUGCUCGAAACUCCGAUGGUCGAAGGCAGCACGUCAACAAUCAAGAUUACCCAGUGCCAGCCCGAGACUGUCCAUGAGCUCUUAAAUUAUAUUUACACAGGUAGUGCACCUGUGUUGCGCGCCACGGGGGUGGAUUCAGAUCGAGGCCAAUCUAUCGUAAGAUUGUUGGAGCAGGCUCAGGCUUACGAGAUUGAGAGUUUGUCGGAGGCGUGCUGGGAUAUUCUCUUUGACACAAGCGCUUUGAUCAGCGCUUCUAUCGUUGUACCUCUCGCUCGUUUGGCCCGCAACGAUCCAAGGCACGAGCAUCGUAUCACUGAUUUGGUAUGGGCUGUGAACGGCAAUGCAGAGCUUAUUGAAGCCUUGAUCCGAAGUGGGUGA